UAUUCUCGUCACGAACGUCGGCGGGGCGAGUUGUUGCUGACGUAUAUUUGAACUACGCUAUUAAUUAUAGCGUAGCUACGAAUACUAUAACAAUUAGUAAUCAUUCUUAAUUUCAUAAAUAUCUAACCAGUACCGUUCCUAAUUCUUAAUGGUUAGUUAUAUUUUAACUGAACGCUAGUCGUGAAAGUUGGUGAAUUCAAGUUUUUUCAAAAUAUCGGAUCGACUGUUACCUAAUCAGAAAGUGGUUAUCGUUAUCACUGAAAGGACUUGAGUGUAUGUAGUGGGCACCAUGGACCAAAGUGGUAUAACACCUAAUACUUCUAAUCAGCAGCUGGUUAGUAACGGGGACAAUGACUCCGCGACGGCGCUGCUGCAGGAGAAGCAGGCGAGGAGGCGGGAAAAUCUGAGAGACGUCAGCUUUGUCGAGUACAUGACGGUCGGGAUACUAUGCUUCAUCAAUCUCAUCAACUAUAUGGACAGAUUUACCAUCGCCGGUGUAUUAGGUGAUGUGAAGAAAGAAUUUAACAUCGGCGAUGACCAGGCCGGCUUACUGCAGACGGUGUUCGUGGUGGCGUACAUGGUGUUUGCGCCGAUCUUUGGGUACCUGGGCGACCGGUACUCGAGAAGAUGGAUCAUGGCAGGCGGAGUCGCGCUAUGGAGUCUUACCACAUUCGUGGGGUCGUUCUUCACGAAUUUCGGCAUGUUCGCGUUCUUCCGCGGCCUGGUCGGUAUCGGCGAGGCGUCUUAUUCCACGAUCGCACCGACCAUCAUCAGCGACCUGUUUGUCGGCAACGUGCGGUCCAAGAUGCUGGCCUUCUUCUACUUCGCCAUACCCGUCGGCAGCGGCCUCGGUUACAUAGUGGGGUCCGUGGCAGGCGCGGCGGCGCACAACUGGCGCUGGGGUCUCCGGGUGACGCCGUUCCUGGGCGCCGUGGCCGUGGCGCUCAUCGCGUGGGUCAUGACGGACCCCGAGCGCGGCCAGGCCGAAGACAGCCACAUCAGGGCCACGUCCUACAAGGCUGAUAUACGCUCGCUUGUUAGAAACCCGUCGUUUAUGCUGUCAACAUUAGCGUUCACGUGCGUCGCGUUCGUGACGGGAGCCCUCGCGUGGUGGGGCCCCCAGUUCAUCUUUCUAGGCCUCACUCUGCAACCGAACAUGCAACACAUUACUCUAGAGAGCGUGUCGUACAAGUUCGGGCUGGUGGGCAUGGGCGCGGGCGCGCUGGGCGUGCCGCUGGGCUCGGCGCUGGCGCAGCGCCUGCGCGCGGCGGCGGCGGACGCGGACGCGCUCAUCUGCGGCUUCGCGCUGCUCGCGUCCGCGCCGCUCGUCUACCUGGCGCUGCUGUGCGUCAGCGCGCACGAGGCCACCGCCUACCUGCUCAUGUUCCUGGGCAUGCUCACGCUCAACCUGACGUGGUCCAUCGUGGCCGAUAUUAUAUUGUAUGUCGUGGUGCCUCCGCGGCGGUCUACUGCUGAAGCGUUCCAGAUCCUGAUAUCACACAUGUUUGGGGAUGCGGGCAGUCCCUAUUUAGUUGGAGUGAUAUCGGAAUCAUUGAAAAAAUCAUUAGGCACAAUGCCACAAGAGUCACCGAGCAAUAGCGUGCAGUUCAGAGCGUUGCAAUACGCGCUGUUCGUUACGUGUUUCGUGGAAGUCAUUGGAGGAGUAUUCUUCCUCCUGACGUCCAUUUACAUCGUCAGGGACAAGUUAAAAGUGGACAGAGCGAUCGCUGAAGCAGAAGCUCAAAGUGCGGAGCCCUCACAUAGCAAUGCCCAAGAACACGCGGCAGGCGAAUAGUUUAAUUCCUAAGUGACCUUAAGACAUUGAAUUAGAUCUGUGAGUGUACUCAUACUGAUUGUGAGCAGAGUCGUGCAUUACUCACUGAGGCGCUUGAAAUCAAAGUUUGAUUGCGUCGUUGUAAAGACUGAUUUCGUUUGGUAUUUUGAAUAGACAAAAUACGGUGACGUGACUAGUGUGAGAUACUGUAAUAUAUAAUUAUAUAGGUUCAAAUAGGCAUCACAAGAUCAACUCUAGAUAACGUUCUAUUUAUAAUGCGCAUUUUAAUCAUGCUGGUUGCAAAAGAGGGACUGGAUGUAAAUGAUAGGUUCUAUUUGAAUCAACGUAUUCAAUGAAAUGUAUUGAUUCUCAAGCAAUUGAAGACUUGUUCAUAAUUACCUCAUUUGUUAUUAUUUUUUAAUUCAAUAAUAGUUUGAUUAUUCCAUAUUGUCAAUGUUAAAUUUUCAAUUAUGUUCCUAAUUUAUUUAGAAUGAUAUAAAUUUAAUAAUUAGAAUUUUUUAUGCACUCAAAACAGUUUUAACGUUAAAUGGUAAUCAAUUUUACCUACAAUCGUUAAGUUCAUUAAUGAACUCCGUGGCUUAUUUAUUGACCCUAGGUGUGAUGAUUAUUGUUUUUUUUUAUAUAAUUUAUUGAAGAUCGUGGGAACCAACUAGAUCAAGGUUAACCUGUAUUGAAUGGCAAGACUGAAAUGUAUUGAAGUAAUCGUAAUGUCUAAAUUACAUAGGUAAUAGCUACUAUGUAAUACUGAAAUCGUUUUUUUAGAUAUCGUAAAUUUGCAAUGAAGAAAAUAAAAGUAAUUUAUUUUUUAUAA